UUUUGUGAACAAAAAAAAAAAAAGAAUUCUGAUUGACGCGCCCUUGAAAAAGGUUUGAAAUAUCUAAUCUCUUACAUAAUUUGUUUACGCAUUCACGUUCUAUAUGCCGUCGCCGUCAAAUCAUGUCAGAAUAUUCAAAUCAACUCCCACUUUUGCUCAAUUCUGACCCAUUUGCUGAAACGAGUUUCUAAAAAUAUACAAUUCCUGCCCCGCAAACCGACGAUAAUUUAAUCUUCUUGAUUGAUUGAGUGCUUUUUGACCUUGUUUCGUAUCAGACUCAAUUGAUAAAGUGCGAAAAAAUCCAAAAUUAGUUUCGUUUUACUCGUUUGUGUGCGACGACGAGAUGGAAAAGUGGCUUGGCAAGACAGCUGUCGUUACGGGAGCUUCGUCAGGCAUUGGAGCAGCGAUUUGUGUUGACUUGGCACGACAAGGAGUGAAUGUAAUUGGCUUGGCGCGUCGUGUUGAAAAGGUAGAAGAGCUUUCAAACACUCACAAAUCCCUUUCUGGCAAGAUUUUUGCUCGAAAAUGCGAUAUUUCGUCAGUUUCUGAUAUCAAAGAGACUUUUUCAUGGAUCGAAAGUACCUUUGGAGGCUUGGAAAUUCUCGUAAAUAAUGCUGCAAAGCUCAAAUACAUGAAUAUUUUGUCAAAAGACGAAGACAAUACGGAAGAUGUGAUUGCAACAAUUAAUACAAAUCUCACGGGCGUCAUUUUGUGUGCGCAGGAAGCUUUCAAAUCGAUGGCAAAACGUGAUGUUUACGGAUAUAUCGUUAAUAUCAACAGCGUUUCGGGGCAUUUGUACACUUAUGAUCCCGAAUGGCGUGAAAAUGUUUAUCCAGCAACGAAACAUGGCGUCACAGCAGCUACUGAAGUCAUGAGAGUUGAAUUAGCAGCCAUGAAAAACUUGAAAAUUCGCAUUUCGAGUGUUAGUCCGGGAUUUGUGAAAACAAAUAUUUUCAACGCAGCAGGAUUUGGCGAAGAUGUUGACAAAGUCUUUGAAGGAUGGCCCGUUUUAGAACCCGAAGAUGUCUCAGAUGCCGUUCUAUAUUUGCUAAAAACCAAAUCGCAUGUCAAUAUAAGAGAAAUCACGAUUCAACCAACGGGCGAACGAUUAAAUUGAAUUUCUGUGAAUUUUUGCCUCUUUUCUCGGAAAUGAUCAUCGACAGCUGUAUGAGUCGUAAAAAAUAAAAGACAGACAUGUAUUGUAAGAAACACGACAAAUGGAAUGUUUGAAAUGUAAAAAUAAAGUAAACAUUGUAUGAUUUAUAACGCGACGACGGCAAAUAUUUGUUCGCAGAUGAAUUUGCGUAUUUAGCGGCAGAAACGUACCUUUUCGCUGUGUUGUAACUCGACGAGCACGCUAUCAUAGUCCUUCUUUGUGAUGCGUUCAGGGAAACAACAGGCCGUUUUAAUGAACAUCUUCAAUGGGCGAUCAAGUAACUGAAAA